AACUGUCUUGUUGCGGUGGAUUUUCCUGAAAGCAAUGUCAAGUUAGUUCAAGUUCUUUCUCGGUUAAUUUUCAACUCUGGGAGCUCUUGGUGGGCUGAAGGGACUCUGGAGAUGGGAGUGAGUCUCGGCUUCCCUCUGUAGGUUUUAGUGGCAGCCGUGUCAGACGGACAUGGGCAGCGGUACGAGCAGGGGGAAGAAGGUUGCACCUGCGUGUGUCGGCGCGGUGAGUGUGACCAACAGAGAACCAACCAAACAGGCCGGCCAUUCAAUCAAGCCGCUGAAAUUUCGCGCUAUUUUGCGCAGCUCCCGAAACGGUGCGCAAGCGGACUGCCACAGUGAAGGGCACGACUCUGAACUUUCUGCAGAGGAGGAUGACACUGACGCGGGACUGGACCACGUUCUGGCAGAUUAUGAGGACCAAGGCAGGGCUCCUAAAAGGAAAAAUCCGCCCAAGAAGUCUUUCCUCAGAUCCAGAACAUACGGACUGUGCAACUUCAGUCGGGUCCACACUGAUGACGACUUCACCCCGGCGCCAGACACGGCCGAGGAGCCACGUGGCUCGCAUGGUGGCCCCGGACAUGUAAACAAGAGAAGCAACGCCGUGUUCAUCCACUUCAAAAAACUCACACCUCCCUGCCCCAAUCAGCACAGUGGCUCAUUGACAAGGGCUUCGUGUGUGGAGCCGGCUCCUGGACCAGCAAAACAAACGUCUUUAGGCAGUUGCCAUAGCUCCUCUCUCGCCAUGCCAGUCAUCCUGUAUGAUGGAUCAGAGGAGGAGCUGAUGGAUACUAUCGAGAGAGAGUUUAGCUGAACCGGGAUCUGUUGGGAUUGAGCACAGUUGCGUGAACAAAAAAACAACAACGGAAACCAGGUUUUCUUUUGUCAAAUACCACAUGUCCAACUUGGAGGAAGACAAUAAUGCUUUGUUGAUUGUAUUUAUGUAUGUUUUUCCUGGGCAGCCCAACCCUUUUAAAUUUAUCUAAUUCUUAUUUAACAACAUGAACCGGUGUAAUUGCACAGGUAUGACAUCAACCUGAGCUGGUGCCAGGGACUUCUCACUCAGUCCAAGGAGUGUUACCUCACAGACCUCCUUGGUUUUAUCUCCCUACAUUGCCAUGGUGUCACUGUCACCCCCUAGAUCCUGUUCGGCUCCCACAGAGCAUGCACUCACUUAUUUGUAACCUAUUACUCGCUUUAUUUCCAUCCGCCUGUUAAUAAGAAACAGAGAGAGCAUUUAGUGAGGCAUUUCUCUUGUUAGUUCUAGAGGCUAUGCCGCAGCUGGCCACAGUGUUCAGAUGAAUUAAUAUAUUUUAAAAACAACUUUCCAGAACCAGUUUUGUGCGCAUAAUGCACAGUUUCACUUUUAAUAGGUGGCAGCCAUCCGAAGGUAUGAGCUGGGAUUGUGUAUUUAAGGUUCAUUUCCUGACCACAGUUCCUGCUCUUUCUCCACCCUUCCUUAGAAGGAAUGUGUGGCAACACAGAGGUUUUAGAUUGGGCUCAGCGUGGCCCCUCUCUCUGGCAGCUGCUUUUCUGCUGAUGGAGACAAGUUUCAGCCACGUUCAAAUGGAAAGGCCUGCUGCCACUUAGUGGUGGAAAACCAAAACUGUGCACACAAACACAUG